AUGUCAACUGAUCCUCUCGAGUACGUUUUCUUUCGCAUCGCGAAAGACAGUACGAUCGUGUCAUCGGCCAUAAAGUACAAACAGCUGCGCCUCCAAGCCCUAUCCGUUGCACCGACCUCUUUUUCCUCGACCUACGAGAUCGAAUCUUCCUUCCCAGAUACGGAGUGGGUUAACCGCCUCUCAGCAAACUGGAAGGAGACAUUCAUAUGUGCUGCGAAACCAACACAAACCAACCUAUCAGACUCGCAAAUUCAAGAGCAGAGCACAUGGGUGGGCCAGUUAACUUUGUGGGGCCCGCAGAGCCUAGAGGACUUCAUACUACCUGAGGAAUCUGGUCAGAAGAAGCCAAGAGAUGAAGGAGACCAGGAACUCUGGCAGAUGCUCAGCUUGUUCACUCUGCCCAAUCACCGUGGCCGCGGUCUUGGGAAGAGGUUGUGCCAGGAGGCGUUGAGUUACUUAGCUUUAUAUCAGGGUUCUCCACGUGAGGUCUGGGUGCGGUUGAUGGUGAAGCCGGAAAACCAUGCAACAGUAAGCUUGUAUCGGGGGCUAGGGUUUGUGGAAGCUGGGAAGUGUACUCUUGCUGAGGCAUUGGUUGCGAACGGAGAUAAAGAUCUGCUACCAGAAGACAUCAGUGGGGAGAAAUACACUUUGAGAAGGGGGUUGAUCAUGAUGUUAGAGAUCUGUCGCUCGUGA